GAGGAUAAAGGUAUAUUAUAUUGUUGAGCAGUAAAAUUAGCCAUGGAAACUAAAGGUCCUUUCAUACUCCUCUGCCUCCUAGCUACAUCCUGCAGCUUGGUAACUUGCAGCUAUGGUGCAAAACCUAACCGUUUGAUGCCUUUUAAUCGAAGCAGUUUUCCUGAAGAUUUCAUAUUUGGAGCUGGAUCUUCUGCUUACCAAACUGAAGGAGCAGCACUUAUAGAUGGCAAGGGGCCAAGUAUAUGGGAUAUUUUUGUUAAGGAACAUCCAGAAAAAAUUGUGGAUCGGAGCACUGGAGAGGUAGCUGAUGAUUUUUAUCACCAUUACAAGGAAGACAUAAAAUUGAUGAAAAAGAUUGGUUUGGACUCCUUCAGAUUUUCCAUCUCUUGGAGCAGAGUAUUACCAAAAGGGAAAAUUAGUGGGGGAGUGAACCCACUUGGUGUUAAAUUCUACAAUAACCUCAUCAACUUGCUUCUAGCCAAUGGUAUAAAGCCCUUUGUGACUUUAUUCCAUUUCGAUACCCCACAAGCUCUUGAAGAUGACUAUGCAGGAUUUCUAAGCCCCAAGAUUUUGUAUGACUAUCUAGAUUAUGCGGACUUCUGCUUCAAAACAUUUGGUGAUCGAGUAAAAUUCUGGGUGACUUUUAAUCAACCAAAUAUAUUUGCCACUAAUGCAUACAACAGUGGUACCUUUGCACCUGGUCGAUGCUCCAAAUAUGCUGGAAAUUGCACUGCAGGAAACUCUGCCACUGAACCUUACAUUGCCGUCCACCACCAACUUCUUUGUCAUGCAGCUGCAGUGAAAUUGUACCGGGAGAAAUACAAGGCUAUUCAAAAGGGACAAAUUGGGAUUACAACCGUAACCCACUGGUUUACACCCAAAUACAAUACAACUUCCAGCAAAAGGGCUGCUUAUAGGGGUUUAGAUUUCUUCUUUGGAUGGGUUGCAGAUCCAAUUACAUUUGGUGACUAUCCCCAGAGCAUGAAGGAAUUUGCUGGAAAUAGACUGCCCAAAUUCACCAAAGAGCAAUCCAAUAUGCUAAAAGGUUCUUAUGAUUUUCUUGGCCUAAAUUACUACACCACAUUUUAUGCAGAAAGUGCUCAUUUGACUAACAGAGUCAAUCUUAGUUAUGUUGAUGACAGGCACCUCAAAAUGACUUCUGAAAAGCAUGGCAAGCCCAUUGGCACACCGACUGCUUUGGACUGGCUUUACAUUUAUCCCAAGGGAUUGCAAGAGCUUCUAGUCUAUAUAAAGGAAAAUUAUAACGAUCCAAUUAUUUCUAUUAAUGAGAAUGGAAUGCCUGAUAGUGACUCCUUGCUACUCAAAGUUGCCCUUAAGGAUGGCAUGAGAAUAAGAUACCAUAGUAGCCACCUAUCCUCUAUUUUAAAGGCUAUCAAGGUGGGUGUCAAAGUGAAGGCAUACUAUGUGUGGGCAUUUCAUGAUAAUUUUGAAUGGGGUCAUGGUUACACUGUCCGAUUUGGCAUCGUUUAUGUUGAUUAUAAGAAUAAUCAGAAACGUUAUCUCAAAUACUCUGCUUAUUGGUUUAAAAAAUUCCUCCUAAAUUAACAUUUAACCUAGCUAAUCCUAUGACUAAGCUGCAACUAAAUAAAUAGAAAAUCAACAAUUUUCUCAA